AUGACCUCGUUCGUGAGAGUCCCAGGAACGAGUCGUUUCGUAGAAAAAACGACAACCGGCCUGACUCCAUUGAUGCUUGCAGCCAGGGACAGUGACCUGAGGCACUGCCUUGAAUUGGUGGAAAAAUCAGGCGAAAGGGCUGAUGCAACAACAGAAUUCGGAGUGUCUAUGCUUCACUUUGCUGCAAUGAACAAAUAUGACGGAAUGGAUAUAAUCCGUCAUUUUAUUAAUAAUGAAGGCGUGGAUUUGAAUAACAAAGAUGCUGAUGGCGAAGAACCGAUCCACUAUGUGGUUCGGCUGGCCGACUUUGAGCGAGCAAAGGAACUGCUGAUUCUCAGAAACUGCUUACCGUAUAUACUGCACUUCUUUGUGUUAAAAAACAACUUUAAGUUCUGCCAGAUUGUCCUUCAACUCGACGGCGAGCUGAUUAAGGAAUUCGACUCCAAGGGUAGAUUGCCCCUCCACAUCGCAGCCGAAUUUCAGGGUCCGGAAAUGGUCAAGUGGCUUGUUCGCGAGGCUGGAGUCGACGUCGAGGCCCUGAGCAAAGACAAGUCGACAGCUUUGCACUUCGCAGCGCGAAAUAGGCGCAUGUGGUGCGCAAGAAAUAAUUUUUCGUUUUUGCUGACUAGAAAGUUGGAGAAGCACGCCAAAAAUAGAUCUGGAGAAACAGCAAUGCACGUGGCGCUUUCCAUGGAAAGAGUCGAUCUCGCUUACUAUUUUUUGAAGGAAGGUGUGAAGUUUGAGAAAUGCGAUGAUAAUAUUUUGAUGUACUGCGUGAAGAAAAACAAAAUCAAAAGUGCCAAAUUUGUUUUCGAAAGAUAUUCGCGUCUUAUGAAAGGGGUCGAUUCAGCAGGUUGCAAUUUACUCCACAUUGCAGCAGAGUAUUCGAACAAGGAAAUGUGCAAGUGGAUCGUCAGCAAAAAUAAAAUCAAGCCUAAGGAUUUGUGCACCAAAAAAUUAAAAUCCACCGUCUUCCACCACGUGGCAAAAAACAAGGCUCACGGGGUGGAACUCGCCAGUUACUUCGUCGACUUGAGAGUUGAUCUCAAUGAAAGGGACCAAUCAGGGGAAACUCCCCUCCACUAUGCGCUUCGGGUUAAAAACCUGGACGUCGCCGACGAGAUGAUAGAAGACGGCGCUGAUUUGAAAGUUAAGUUGGAUGAAUUGAACUUGUUGCAGUUCUGCAUUUCAAGAAACCUUCUGUACAGUGCCAUAUUCGUGCAUUCAAAGGACCGAAGUCAGAUGCAAGUGAAGGGAAAAGAAGGUGAACACGCUCUUCACCUCGCGGCAGCCAACGCCGAUCUGAGUAUUUGCCAGUGGCUUUGCAAUGCCCAAUUUAAUCCGCGAUCCUUGAGCGAGGAAUUGGAAAAUUCCGUUCUACAUUUCGUCGCCUACAACGAAAAGCACGGACAAAGCCUCGUCAGCUUUUUUGUUUCUCAGGGUGUGGACGUUAAUCGUCGCAACAAGAAUAAGGAGACGCCUCUGCACGCUGCUCUGUGCAAAGAAAACAUCAAAGUCGCCGGGGAGCUGAUUAAAUUCGGCGCCAAAUUUAAAGUCAAAAUCAAUAAUGACAACCUUCUGCACUUUUGCAUCCGCAGAAAUAAACUCGCCAGCGCCAAAUUCAUAGUAGGAGUCAAGCCAGAACUUGUAAAGGAAAAAUGCACUGGAGGAAAAACCGCGCUUCAACUGGCCAAGGAACACGCCGAUCUCGAUUUUUUCGCGUUUCUCACUGGAAUAUAG